AUGGCAGGGCCCGCGCCGCUGCGGCCUCGCCUGUGCCGCCUGGUUCGCGGCGAGCAGGGCUUCGGCUUCCACCUGCACGGCGAGAAGGGCCGCCGCGGGCAGUUCGUGCGGCGCGUGGAGCCCGGCUCCCCUGCGGAGGCUGCCGAACUGCGCGCCGGGGACCGCCUGGUCGCGGUCAACGGCGUCAAUGUGGAGGGUGAGACGCACCACCAGGUGGUGCAGCGAAUCAAGGCUGUGGAGGGACAGACGAGGCUGCUGGUGGUGGAUAAGGAGACAGAUGAAGAGCUGCGGCGGCGGCAGCUCACCUGCACUGAGGAGAUGGCCCAUCGAGGGCUGCCGCCCGCCCAGGACCCCUGGGAACCGAAGACGGACUGGGUGGCUUCUGGCAGCCUGGGCUCUGAGGCUGGCGGGAAGGAUGUGAAUGGCCCCCCAAAGGAGCUGCGACCACGGCUUUGCCACCUGCGAAGGGGCCCCCAGGGUUAUGGGUUCAACCUGCACAGUGACAAAUCCCGGCCUGGUCAGUUCAUCCGCUCCGUGGACCCUGGCUCACCAGCUGCUCACUCCGGCCUCCGUGCCCAGGACCGACUCAUUGAGGUGAACGGGCAGAAUGUGGAGGGGCUGCGUCACGCCGAGGUGGUGGCCAGCAUCAAGGCGCGUGAGGAUGAGGCCCGGCUGCUGGUGGUGGACCCCGAGACCGAUGAGCACUUUAAGCGUCUGCGGGUCACACCCACCGAGGAGCACAUGCAAGGUGUGCUGCCGUGCCCCGUCUCAAAUGGGACCAGCCCUGUCCAGCUCAAUGGCGGCUCAGCAUGCUCAUCUCGAAGUGAGCUGCCUGGCUUGGACAAGGACAUGGAGGACGGCGGCACCUGGAAGCGGGAUCCCUUCCAGGAGAGCGGCCUGCAACUGAGCCCCACUGCGGCCGAGGCCAAGGAGAAGGUACGGGCCACGCGGGUCAACAAGCGGGCACCGCCCAUGGAUUGGAGCCGCAAGCGGGAAAUCUUCAGCAACUUCUGA